GUUGAAACAGUGACUCCUGGAGUCAAUGUUAUAUCCUUGCCCACACCAUUCUACGACAUCUAAUUAAGUUUAAACAGCGCUGAAGAAGGAAUUGUUCUUUAAGCAGACACUAUAUAUCUGGGAAAAAGAUUGAACCCUUAAAACAUCAGAAAAAUGCCAAAUAACAAAGUUAUACCUGUGAGGGCAGUAUCCAGCUCAUCAUCCUCUCUGGAAAUCCCUACCAUGAUGGAGGCUUAUUCAUCUGUCUCGGUGGGAUGUGGAGUGCGUGUGUCUGUUCUAACCAUCACAGGCGGGGUGAUCACUUUGCUAUCUGUGGCUGCUGUGGUCAUCCCUCUUACACGCUGCGGCUGCUGCUACUUCCUGGACCUGUGGCUGAUAUUUCUAGGUGUGAGUGCCCUGGGAGCAAUGUUGGGUAUCCUGAUCUGGAGGACCAAGCUAUCCAGAGGCAAACUGCUCAAUGGCCCCAUGAUUUUCGCAGCUCUUCUGAUCAGUAUUAAUCUCCUGUGUCUUUCUGUCGGGAACGUGAUAGUUGGACUGGAGUUGGCAACAUGUACUGAACACAAUGAUAAGAUCAUGGUAGACUCCUGCAACUAUCCAUACAUCUACUUCUCUCUCUGUGUGGUCGUUACCUUCGACUUUGUCUACAGUGUUCUGUUUCUGGUUCUUUGGCUCAGUUCUUGUAGUGACAGAGUAAGGAAGAUGAGACUUCACCUUAACAACGACUAUUUCACAUUCCCAUAUUGCUGUUUCCCGCAUCACAGCUACCAGUUGAGCUGGCAGGAAUGGGUGGGCGUGGUGAUCAUUGCAGCUAACUUGCUGCUAGCUAUUGCCUCAAUAGUCAUGGGUGUUGUCUUCUACACCGAGUGUUAUGAUUAUGAAUGGACACCAGAUAGACUGAUUGUGCAAGGUGUUGUAACUGUGGCAGCAGUGGGUGUAGGGCUCUGGUACCUCAAGUUCCCUUCAUGGACAACAAUGACCUGGCCACCAGCAUCCUUCUUCAUCUUCUCUCCUCUGCUAGCUCUGAUCAUGUUCCACGUCGGAUGGACGGCUAUAGGUCAGUGACUGUUAAUCUCUAUAAAUAAUUAUUUUUAACCACACCGGCUGCCUCCCAACUUGGCAAGGUGAUCCAAAAACUGAAUCACUAUUAUUCAAUCUGAUGUCUUGUUAGAGGCGCUGAUAAAUUAUAAAUGAAGUAGUCAGUUAUUACGCAGUGUAUUAUAGAGAAUAUUUUAUAAACAAAAAAAGUUCCAUAUAUAAUGUCAUUUUCCGGGAUUUCUACUGAAACUGGACAAGUAUUAUUCGUGGUCAGUCAGUGGCCAGGAGAGGAGAGUGAGGUGUGUGAGUGUCAGUUUGUGGAACGCAGCACCUGCAGCAAGAUGUCCUAAGACGUCACGGUUUGUUUUGUAGGGAUUU